GAAAAGUAAAAUAAACCAGUAAUAUUUUAACAGCGAGAUAGCAAGCCAUAGUAAAGUUUAUGGCAUAUGGGUCCGCAGUAGAAGCAGGAAAAGUAUACUUCAUGCCAGAAAAAUGUAAAUACCUUAAAAAUCUGAAGAAAGUGGUUAUCGAUUAAUUAAAUUAGCAAAUAUUUCGAUAUUAACAUUUUCAAGUGUAAAUUUAACAAAAGCUUAUUUGAUUUAUUUCCAAUCAAAUGAUAUAAAGUGGACAAAAAAUUAAAUAAUUGAAAGUAUAUAUCAAAAAGAAAAGUGCUGAAUACAGAGUCAGAAAAUCAGACCUUACUGAAAUUUCUUAAGAUUAUAAUAAUUUUAAUUAAAAUGGCAAAUAGGACGAGAUAUAUUCCAGCUUUAUUUGCAUGGCUUCUGCUGUUGGGUGCAACAUUUCUAUUCUUUUAUUAUCCAUGUCGAUAUUAUUGGCCCAAACAUCCAUAUGUUCCAGCCAUUCAAGGAAUCCUUACAUUCUUCGUCAUUGCCAAUUUUUCUCUGGCUACUUUUAUGGAUCCAGGAGUCAUUCCCAAAGCACCACCUGACGAGGACAGAGAAGAUGAAUUUCGAGCUCCAUUGUACAAAAAUGCAGAAAUAAAUGGAAUCACUGUUCGAAUGAAAUGGUGCGUGACAUGUAAAUUUUAUCGUCCACCAAGAUGCUCUCAUUGUUCUGUUUGUAAUCAUUGUAUUGAGAGCUUCGAUCAUCAUUGUCCGUGGGUUUCAAAUUGCAUCGGUCGUCGAAAUUAUAGAUUUUUCUUCUUUUUCCUCAUCACACUUUCCAUUCACAUGUUGUGCAUUUUUACUUUUUGUUUACUCUACGUCCUUAAUAGCAAGGACAAGCUGAAUCAAACGCAACCCAUUGUCGCAAUGGGCUUGAUGGCUCUAAUUUCCAUAUUAGCUAUUCCAAUAUUUGGUUUAACAGGCUUUCAUAUGGUGUUAGUGUCACGAGGUCGAACGACUAAUGAACAAGUGACUGGCAAGUUUAAAGGUGGUUAUAAUCCAUUUUCACGUGGCUGUUGGAACAACUGCUGCUUUACAUUAUGUGGACCACAAUAUCCAUCUCUUAAAGAUUCGAAGAAACACAAUUCGAGGCGAUCAAAUAAGAAUAAUCAACAAAUUAGUAUCAUAACGAGUGAUAGCACAGCAAUAAAUGCUCAUCCAGCUCAGAUUCAAAUGCAACAACAACAGCAGCCACAUUACGAUAAUCGUAUGAAUACGCAAGUAAAAACAUAUACGGAUCAUGGAAAUGGUCAUAGUGUUAUGCGAACAGGAAAUUCAAGUCAUUACAGUAAGCUUUCACCGGGUCGUGAACAUGAUAUCGAUAUGAUGGAACCACAAGCAUCACAGUCACAGGAUUGUGAACCAACACCGCCUUUGCAGAGACAUGGCUCAAAAAAUAACUUUUUCCCGCCUCAAAUGGAUGUUAAUGAUCCAACGAGACAGCAGCAGAAUGUGAGAAUGUAUGGUCAAGCAAGAUACAGUCCGCAUCCGAGACAUAGGACGUAUGCACCUGAUGUGUUAUCGCCCGAAAAUCCAAUUCAACCGAACCCCAUGCAACCGAGAAUGGGGACUGCAAAUCUAACUGGAUCAGCUGCGACACCGACGAUGCAGCAGAGAAUAAAGAGUAUAGGAAUUGCAACUCCAUUAGCAGUUCAGAGUCCCGUUCGAAGAUCAAAUCCCGGAACUCCAACUCAAAUUCGUCGUCCUGAUUUCAUUUAUGUUGCAAAUCAGCAACAGCCUGGAUUAACGUAUUACGAUUUUCCAAUGCAUCAACAGCAACAGAAUCAAUUGAUGAUGAUGAGUCAACAACCAUCCCAGACUGGUCUUCCUUUAUAUUCGAACGGCAGUCCACAACGAAGAUUUUUAUCAGAAGGUGAAUUAUUAUCACGAACGACAAGUAAUGGAUUAAGUAUAGGAAAUGAAUUAUCAUAUGUGAACAGAAAUAAUAAUACAGUUGAUAAUAUUCGUGAAUUAGCUGGCAGUCCACAACGAGGUGUAUAUAAUUGGAAAGAUAAUUCACCUCCAGGUCAACAGCAGCAACAACAGCAAGUUCAAGCGAAUCAGCUACAAAUGAAUAUGAAUAAUAUGAAUGUUAUGAGUAAUAAUUUAGUAAUGGGACGACCACCAUUGCCAGCAAAUCCUCAACAGCAAUAUAUACAGAAUCAAAAUAUGAUUCCUGUGACAACAGUUCAAUCACAGCCCAAUAUUCAGCAGCAGCCAAAUAUUCGCCAAAGUAAUGUCAGUAAUAUAAUUAAUAAUAUUGUAGCGAAUAGUUCAAAUACAACUGGAUAUCAUCCAGCGAUAAGAGGUGGCGUGCAAGUCUUCCCACCUCAAAUAAAUGCAUCGCCGCAGGUGAAAAGAAAACAAACACCUACGAGACCAAUAUCAUUCGUGCGUGCAUUAGAAAUGGCAAAUUCAAUUGAAAUGACAAAUGUCCAACAACAACAGCAACAACAAAAUCUUCAGCCCAACGAUCAACUAGAAUUAAAUAAAUCAAAUGAGAAUCCAAAUAUUCAACAUCAGCAGCAAAUUGCUGAUCGCGGUAGUGUAUAUGAUAUGGGUGUUAAUUAUGAGAUAUCUGUGUGAUCCGAACAACCAGCCAAUACUGGCAUUGGUGAAUAUGAAAGAUACAGAUUGAUAAAUAUUCGUCGAGAUAGUUUAGAUAAAUAUUGAAAUGUGGGAGACAUUUUUUUAAAAUCAUUAAGAUCAUAACAGCACAUCCAACAAAGUGAAUUGAAAUGAUGUCAUAGUGACUUUCCAAGAAUAUUACUGAUAAAGAUUUUUUUUUUGUAAUAGUUAAUUUAACUUCCAUUCACCUUAUUUUUAAAAUAAAUAUGUGUACAGUGUUAACAAUUUCUUUUUAAAAAAGGCAAGAAAAUAUUAUACGAAAA